AUGGGACGUCCGGCGGCUCCAAUCGACGAGGAGGGUCCUCCGGGUGAUGGCCCGGGGGGCCAAUGCAGUUACGGCGAUCCCGGUGGGCAAAGCAAGAACGGAGGAGGAGGACCACCGGCCGAGCCAGGAACUUCAAGCGCUGAGGAGGAGGAGGAGCCAGGACCGGAGGAAGGCGGACGCUACCCUGGCGCUGGCAAGGGAGCGGAAGGAGGAGGAGACAGAGGAGGAGCCGUGGACGAGAGGUCCAUGGGUGUGGCCAGCCCCGAAGGUGAGGCCGGGGCUGGAGAGGCAAGUCUCCUGCCCGGAGAAGAGGCCGCCGAGGCCGGUGCUCCAAAGGGCCGAGUCGGCAGGAGAUGGCGGAGCAGUGCCCGAGCAGAACUGGCCGCCGGAGCUAAAGAGGAAGGUGGAGGAAGAGGCCCGGAGGAGGAAGGAAAAGCCGGGCAGGUGGAGCAUUAUCUGGCAGAUCGGGCCAGAAAGUUUUCGGGUGCGCGGCGGCCAGAACGGGAUACGCGUCACCCGGAAGCUAUAGAAUAA